AUGAGAGCUCAUUACGUCCUUACCUGCCUGGCUCUACUGGUGGCCACCACGGGUGCCGCCAACAUAAGGCCCUCAGUGACAGCCGUGAAUAACCAGCUGUACCGCCGGUUUGUUUGCGUGAACAAGUCCAAUGGAUUCCGUGCUCUGGUGCCUGGUAGCUGCUCUAAAUACUACGAGUGCCAGAAUGGCGUCGCCAUGGAGACCACUUGCUCGCGUUUCUUUGAUCCUAAGGUGCAGGGAUGUGUCACCUAUAACACUGGAUGUGUUGAGGUCAUGCAAACAUCAGCUGCAGCAUUGAUUGGUGGUAAUUCCGGCACUGCCGCAGAACCAUGUGCAGAAACAGUAACCACUACAUGUGUCCCACCCGUGACUACCACCUGUGAAACGACCACCCCCUGUAAGCCAGAAACGACAACUACCACAUGUACGACACCGAAAACUACCACAUGUACAACGCCAACAACAACCACUUGUUCAACAGUGACAACAACCACGUGCACAACACCAACAACAACCACUUGUUCAACGGUGACAACAACCACAUGCACAACACCAACAACAACCACGUGCACGACUCCAACUACAACUACUUGCACAACACCAACAACAACCACCUGCACAACGCCAACAACAACCACGUGUACGACACCAACAACCACCACAUGUACGACACCUACAACCACCACCUGCACAACGCCAACAACAACCACGUGCACGACACCUACAACAACCACUUGUUCAACAGUGACAACAACCACCUGCACAACACCAACAACAACCACUUGUUCAACGGUGACAACAACCACAUGCACAACACCAACAACAACCACGUGCACAACACCAACAACAACCACCUGCACAACACCAACAACAACCACCUGCACAACACCAACAACAACCACUUGUUCAACAGUGACAACAACCACCUGCACAACUCCAACAACAACCACUUGUUCAACGGUGACAACAACCACAUGCACAACACCAACAACAACCACGUGCACAACACCAACAACAACCACCUGCACAACACCAACAACAACCACCUGCACAACACCAACAACAACCACUUGUUCAACGGUGACAACAACCACAUGCACAACACCAACAACAACCACCUGCACAACACCAACAACAACCACGUGCACCACACCAACAACAACCACCUGCACAACACCAACAACAACCACUUGUUCAACAGUGACAACAACCACCUGCUCAACACCAACAACAACCACUUGUUCAACGGUGACAACAACCACCUGCACAACACCAACAACAACCACUUGUUGCACAACACCAACAACAACCACUUGUUCAACGGUGACAACAACCACCUGCACAACACCAACAACAACCACUUGUUCAACAGUGACCACAACCACUUGUUCAACAGUGACAACAACCACCUGCACAACACCAACAACAACCACUUGUUCAACGGUGACAACAACCACCUGCACAACACCAACAACAACCACUUGUUCAACAGUGACCACAACCACCUGCACAACAACAACUUGCUCAACAACCACCUGCUCAACAACCACAUGCAUUGUACCAGAAACAACAACUUGCACGCAACAAACAACCACCAUUUGCGCUCCUGGAGCAUCGGGCAGUAAGGUAAGACCCUCGUCUGUCCAUGUGAGACCCGCCGCGAGACCGUUCCACAGCCCUCUGGCCGAGACACAGCAGCAGCCAAUGGAGAUGGCUUCGGCAACGAACGAAUUGAGCAUGAACCUUUACACCAGCUACGUGUGCCGCAACAAGCCCGACGGCUUCAUGCUGGCCUCCCUGACGAGCUGCAACAACUAUUAUAUCUGUCGCUACGGCAAGCCCCUGCAAGUUAGCUGCGGCAAGAAGUACUUCAACGCGCUGAAGGGCAUCUGCGAUCUGCCCGAGAAUACACGCUGCGUACAGCCGCAGGCCUGAGCGAGUCGCUCACCCGUUGACAGCACUCCCCAUGCAUAGGAAUGACUAAUGACUCCACCAUCUUUAUAAAUAUAAUUAACUACCUUAUAAACGAGUUGUAUCUACUGAUUUAAAUGUCACAGAAAUGCAAAUGCUAAUACAGGCCAUAAAAAUGCAAA